AUGGGUAAUGGAUACAACCACCAUUUCCACAACCAAAACCUUCACCUCCAACACAAGAGCACAUUCUUGCCUAUGUUAUGCUCAGGAGCAACCAUCAAAGAUGUGACUCUUCCAAAAUGGGAAUACCGGUCCAUGUCCAUCUCCAGGACUGACCCUUUAUCUCCAGAGAUCGGUUGCAUGGGGCAGGUCAAGAUAAACAGCAAGAUAGGUGGCUUCCCUACUUCUAACAAGCUCACAGUUACUACCAAGAAUAACAAUAAUGUCAAGUACUCCAAGCUCAAGAGGAUCUUCUCUGGCAAGAAUCUUACUGGCACCACCGCAUCAAUAGCCAGUAGCGCUGCUCAUAGAAGAGAAGUGAUGGUGAAUGGUGCGAGUGGACCUAAGAUUGAUGAUAGUAAAGAGAAUUCUGUUUCAGUUAGCAUAGAGAAUAUGGAUCCUCCUUUGCCUGUAAUCAAGAAGGUCAAACAACCAGCAGAUGGUGGAGAAGCGAGUAGUCUUUGGAAGAGGAGAUCCGGUGGGCUAGCAUUGAAGAAUUUGCAACUUAAUAGGAAUAAUCUUGCACCAACCACUGUUUAA